CUGGGCUCAUGGGUUUUGGGACCCUUUACUUCAAGAGACAAGAUUUCAGUGACCGGAUUGGCGUGACUCUCUCCUGCCUCAUCGUCAUCGCUGCCCUCUUCUCUCAAAUCACCUUCACGAUCCCGCCGUCAUCCUCCCCGAAGGUCAUCGACGUCUACUUCUUCUACUUCAUCGUCCGCCUCUUCAUCACCUUCGCCCACCACGGCGUCUUCGCCUUCCUCCGCGGCGCCAGAGCCCGGGAAAUCGCCGACCGUGAGGACAGCGGCGCGGAGGACCCAGCUCGCGUCACGAGGAACCACCCUCACGUCGGAGAGGACUUCGAAAGGGAGAAGUUCGACGUCCUGGCGAGCGACGGAGAGCCUCAUUUACAACGAAGUCCUAUAGCAACGAACAUGACUCGGAAAAAGACUUGGGGAAAAUGUUCAUGUUUUCCCGAAUGCCGUGUGCGUAAAGCAUCGGGCCGCCAAGGAGCCGCACGCAGCUUUUAA